AAACGAGCCUCGCACUCCGCCAGGUACACAACUCACGCAUUUGCUCGCUCAUACGCACUCGCUGCACCGGCACUCAUUAAAUUGCAACCAAUCUACCAAGUGAAGAAGACACAAUGCGGAUGUUAUGUGCAUUUUGUGGAUUGUUUCUGGUCAUCACCAUUGUCAAUUGCAAUCCUGUUGAUAAAAAAGACACGGAAGAAGAUCUCAAUCCGCUGAACGAAGUUUACGUAAUCGAAGCUGAUGAUGCGACCGAUGGCGAAAGGGGCGAUAGAGACAAGAGAAAGAUUGGCAUCGGACUUGGAGUAUCAAACGGCAUCAUUAACUUUGUGUUUGACAAAGUGGAUUCCUUCAUAGAUUCAAAAACGAAAGCGCUCGCAGUUCUUGAUGAUUCUAACAAAGAGAAAAACGCUGUUUUUGGAAUCGACAAUAAACAUUCGGCUACAUCAGAGUUCCUCAACAAAUUAGUGUCUCAGAAGCUUAAGGCUGCGUCGGGCAGCAUUGGGCCCCUCAUAAACAGUGCGGCGACAUUAUUCUCAGGGGCUUCAGCUGGCAUCUCGAAGGCUUUGGUCUCGAAAAUCGCACCAUUAAGUUCGCUUUCUGGCGGUCUUUCUGGUGGUUCAGGUGGAACUGAUGGUGCAGGACAUGCAGAUGGUAGCGCAGGAUCUUCCGGAUCGGCCAUCCUUGGCAAUCUCUUGACUCAAAAGAUAGGUUCUUUGUCGAGCCUGAGCCAAAGUAGCGGCGGUUUAGGCAGUUUAAGCGGCGGUAGCAGUGGUACCGGUGGGAGCUCCGGAAGCGAUUCUCAUAGCGGAAAUAAUGGCGGUACGAGCGCUGGCGCUGGGAUCAAUCUCGGAGCCUUCGCCAAUCUAGCAGGGCUGGGCUGAUAAUUGGCAGAACCUCCUUUCUCUCUUCAGAAGCCCUUUUAUAAAAUAUUCGUAUUUAAAGAAUCCAAAUGAAAAAUUAAGGAAAAAGAGAGAAACAAAAUUCUCCAGGAAACUCUUCUGAUGAAUCAACACUUCCGGCCGAAUCGUGUGGAUUGCGCUAUGUCUAAUAUAAAUUAUAGAAGAACUAGCGGCGUCAAUCGAUUUGCCACCAUGAAAAUUGUAAAUAAUUUAAGAGUAGCCUUUAAGGGUGCGAUAAACUCGUAUUCGAGGACUAUUAGCUAUGUGUAAGCGAUGUAAAUAGUACAUUCAAAUGCUCCUUGAUACGUAAAGCAAAAUGAAUACAAAAGAUAGUGAUGAUGGUGUGAUAUAAUGUUGAUGUCAAAUAAAACGUACAAUUAUA